AUGCCCUUCCUCCCCAAAACGUCGCCGGAAAGCGAAACCCUCUACACCGACCUCCUCGCCGCCGCCCAAGCCAGCGACGAAGGGCUCAAGAAACUCUUCUACCAACCCGACAUCAAAGACCUCGCCGACGCCACGGCCAAAUCCGUCGACAUGCUCCUCCGCUUCAUCCAAGAGCUCGUCUCGCACUGCCUCCUCCGCACCUCGCGCCAAGGCGGCGCGCUAUGCUGGUCCACCCGGCCCCGCGCCGCCGCAGAGAAUAUCCGCGCCCUGGCUACGAAUGAAAGGACGUUGUACGAGUACGUUGAGGAUAGCCAUACGAAGGGGAUAUGGUUGCGGGAACUGAAGAAGCGGUCUGGGAUUGAAGAGAAGAAGGUGGAGCGGGCGAUGGCGAAGCUGGAGAGUGCGCGGUUGGUGAAAUUGAUUAAGAAUAUCCGGGCCCCGGCGCAGAAGACCUACAUGCUUGCGCAUUUGGUGCCGAGCGAUGAUGUGACGGGGGGCAGUUUCUUCGACGCCGGCGAUUUGGAUGAGAGUUUGAUUGAGGAGGUGGGGAAUUUGAUCGUGUUUCAUGUAAGAAGUCAGAGUUGGGAGGAGAGGAAGGUGUAUUCCAAACGUCCGCCGCGUGCUGAGUCGCCGAUUUACAUCAAUGGUCAUGGUGGCGGUGGCGAGGCCGAAGUGGGCUCGAAGCGGAAACGCAGCCCCGACAUCGAGGACAUGGCCGCUCCCCACCACCAAAAACCCUCAAAACACCGCUCCCAUCGCCGCCGCUCCUCCCCAGACCCAGAACCCUACACCCUCCAGCAAAUCCCCCACCCUGCCUCACCCCCCUACCCUUACCCCUCAACCGAAACCAUCCACACAUGGCUCACCACAACCUCCGCCAUCCGCCAAUCCAAAGCCCAACAGCUCACCCUGGCCGAAAUCCAAGGCGUCAUCGAUGUUUUGGUGUGGGAUGAUAAGCUCGAACGGAUCGCGGGGGGGUAUAGGACUGUGAGGGGGGUGGAGUUUCGGCCGCCGGGGUUUGGGGGUGCGGUUGGGAGCGGUGGUGGUUGGGGUGGGUAUGGGGAUGGGGAUGGGGAUGAUGAGGGGGAGGGAGAGGAUGAGGGUGAGGGGUUGGGGGCGACGAGGAAUGGGAAUGGGUUGACACAGGUCCCUUGUGGACGGUGUCCGGUUCUUGAGCUCUGUGGGGUUGGGGGCGGGCAGGUGAAUGCGGGGAGCUGUGUUUAUUUUCGGGAGUGGUUGGGGAGGGAGGUCUAA